AUGCACUUAUCUGCCAUGGAUAACCAGGUCGAGAACUGUGAAGAGAUAGAUAAGGAGGAUAUCCACUUUUUAGAGGUCAAUGCCUUUUACAAUGAAGUUCAACAAUUGGCUCGAGUUGAACAUGAGAACAUCAUCAAGUUAUAUGGGGCAUGCACAUCCGAUGCCCAUAAGUGCCUUGUUAUGGAAUAUGCUGAUGGUGGAUCCCUCUAUCAUUUGCUACACAAUUCCCCAAACACAGAAUACAAUCUGGCCCAUGGCAUUUCAUGGUUAUUGCAGUGUGCCAAGGCUGUAGCCUACCUCCACUCCAUACAGCCACGGCCUUUGCUGCACAGGGACCUCAAACCUCCAAAUUUGCUCCUUACAAAAGGAGCAAAAAUCCUGAAAGUCUGUGACUUCGGGACAGCUUGUGAACUCAGUACCAUUAUGUCUGAUAACCGAGGAUCUGCUGCCUGGAUGGCUCCUGAAGUCUUCGAAGGGAAACUCUAUACAGAAAAAUGUGAUGUGUACAGUUGGGGCAUUAUCUUGUGGGAGGUGAUAACAAGGCGUGUGCCCUUCGAGGACUUGGGACUAGCAGUGCGCAUCAUGUGGGCUGUGCACCAGAAGCAGAGACCACCUCUAGUGACAGGCUGUCCCAAGUUGCUAGAAAACCUUAUGAAACGGUGUUGGGACCACGACCAUGUAAAGAGGCCACGUAUGGAGGAAGUGGUGGAAAAGGUCUCCAAAAUAUGCCGUUUUCUGAAGGGCUUUGAUAAACCCAUCCACAAUCCUCCUUCUGACGAUUCAAUAACUGAUUCCUAUAGGUCUCCAUGUAUUGGGUCAAGUACAGGGCACACUAGCAGGGAUGUGAGUGAGUUGAGCACCAACGACACUGCCGGUGAUGGGCUCACUCGGAGCGCGAUGUCUCAUAACAGUAUCUCGCUCUCAGAUUUUCAAAAUACAAGGCCCAUCUGGGGUAGUGAAGAAAGUGAGGGGACAUACCCAGUAAUAGACACCAAUACCAGUGGCAGUUGCUCACCCCAGCUUCCAAUGCCUGCUAUUAGUCCUAACGUAUCCAGCACAGUGGUUGUGACAGGAGAGGGCUCCCCAUGGAGUACUGCGCCAAGUGAUGACCUGCACGAGCACAUGCAGCCACUGGCCAUUAGUAUUUCUAACAUAGAGCCCCCAACGCGCUCAGAUGUCACGCUCGCUCCUGCCCUCAUUCCUGCAGUAAACAUCCCAGCCCCCAUAGGCUCUCUAGAAGGUAUCAGCCCAAUACAAGUCCCUAUGCGCCGACACCUGACGCCCUGUGAUCCUCAGGGUCAACUCAAGCGACAUUCUGCUGAAGUCACACCGCAACCUACCUCUUAUAAGGAAGGCGGACAGUAUGGUAAGUACUCAAUAUGUGAUGAUUGCAGAGGGUACAGAAGUGUGUGUGGUAUUUAUUUCUAAAAGGUUAGAUUUAUU